AUGUUUGAAACUCAGCAAAUCUCCUUGACGGAGCUGAAGGCUUGUUCAUCCCGAAUCAUCAGCGACAAAGUUUACACUGCUAAGGACUUCGUGAAUGCCGAGAUUGAGCUUCUGGGGACGAUAAACUUUGAGAUUGAGACAGGAAGGUCAUGUCCUUCAGUCCUGGAGGACCUGCUGAGAGAGCUCAGGCGAGUUUCUCGUGUUGGUGACUUCAUCAAACUAAGUACGUGCUUCACUAUUUACACCUUGAUGCACUCUGAUUCCAAAUUACGCCAACAUCUGUCUCGAGCAGCACUGCCUGCCUCCAUCAUUGUUGUUGCCUACCUUAUUUCCGUACCCAAAAAGCAAGCAUUGUUCCCGGUGCUCCAAUGGGUUUGUGCAAUGAACAAUCAAGACCAGGACGAGAUCCACGGCGUCACAAGACUUAUUCUGCAAGCCAUUCUUGAAUAA